UUGCCGCAACCACAGCGCGCAGAAGCAAUCACCAAACACGGUGCGCGAGAGCGGCGGCCAUAACGCUUCGCACACUUCAUACUCAAACACAAAACCCAACAAAACCCAAUCACACACCGAAAAACCCUAAUCAACAAGUGCAAUUACACUCAGUGUUCAUCUCUCCACCAAAAUAAAUGCGUAACAAUCGUGUACGCAUUGAUAACUUGUGAGUUUUGUGUGUGUGUGAGUUGACUUAAGCCGAAGGAAUUCCGUGUGGAAUGCGGCGCGUACCACGUCGACGUCUCGCCGAUUUCUCACUGCGAGCGAGCGAGUGCGCGUCGUCGUGGCCGUCGAAGGCCUCGAUUUCUUGUCGCGCGCUCCUCUAAGGUGUGUUUCCAGCAAGUGCCUAUGCUGUGUGUGGUAGUGUGUGUGGACAUAUUGAACGUUUGUUUAUUAUAAUAAGAAGUUAAGUUGUAAGUUGAGGCAAGAGGAGAUUUAGGUUAUAGAGGUGAAGGACUGCCGUGUGAGAUACGUAAACGCAGGGAUUUGCUGUUGCUGUUGCUGUUGCAUAAGAAGAUAGCAAGUGUGUGGUCAGAGAGAAGAAGGAUUUAAACAGGAUAUUGCUUGCAAGAUAAUGUGCUCAUCAUUGGAUUGACGACAUUGAAAAAUCAUCAGGCUGGAAGAUAUUGAGUUGUUGAAUCAAAAUAUUUAAUUUUUGGAGGAAAAUGUCGGAAUCUACGCCGAUUUGUCGUUGUCGCGUGUUGUAUCUGGGAAGUUCGGUGCCGCAGCAGACGAAAGAUGGAUUGCAAGGGAUUCAGGAGCCGCUGCAGGAGUUAUAUCCGGAUCAGGGUGCCACAGGGGCAAGAGGGAUUGAUAGCUGGUUGAGUGUGUGGUCUAAUGGUAUUCUGUUGGAGAAUGUUGAUGAGAAUCACAAGAAAAUCACGAGGUUUUUCCCGAUUGAGAGUUUGCACUACUGCGCGGCCAUUAGGUAUGUUUUGGUACCGGAAAAGAACACUUUACACAAUCCUAGUCCCCGCUUCCUCCCACUCGACUCACCCUUCGCACGUGCCCCCAACCCGGUCCAUCCACCUCUGUUCGCCGCCAUCCUGCGCCGCACCAGCGGCAUCAAAGUCCUCGAAUGCCACGCAUUCAUCUGCAAGCGCGAAGUGGCCGCCAACGCGCUCGUCCGCUGCUGCUUCCACGCCUACGCCGACUCCUCAUACGCCAAACAAGUGGACACCAACGGCUCCAUCUACGGCACGCUACCCUCCGAACGCGGCGGCCCUAAAGAAAACAACGUCGAAGAAUGGAAAAUGACCCGGUCAAACUCCGGCAGCACAAUGACAAUCAACACGAUCGGAAUCGGCAAUAAAGACGACAUCAGCAUCUACAACGGUGACGAGAACCACAAAGUCUGGGCAGGAUCCCAGGAUAACCUCGAUGGCAUCUACGAUGUGUACGCAAGCAGCACCAUCUCGCGGCCGAAUAGACCCAGGCAGAUACAAGCACCUGUCGCGGUCCCACCACCGCCGGUCAAAGAGAAGAGCAAGAAGAGUAAAAAGAAGAUGGCGGCGUCAAAAGAAGAUUUGUAUCAUCCACAGAUGAAUGGCAAAGCAAAUAGUAUCGCAGGCACCAUGUUGAAACCUCGUAAUCAUCAACCACCAAUGCAUCAACCACAUCAACCGGUUUACAUAAUGGCGCAUCAUCCACAAACACUGCCAAAUCCGAAGUUUUUACGUCAAUAUGGUAACACAUUCUCGCAUCGUCCACGUGGUAAGAUGUUAAUCCCGGCGAGACCCAUUCCACCACCAUUGGUACCAGUGGCGCCGAUAAUUCUCCCCGGGACCAUGCCAUCCAAGGGUAAAAAGUCAAAGAAUAAAGUCAUGGAGGAGCCGAUUUACAUGCCGAGUAAUCGUGCGUUGUCGCCGAUUGCCAGUUAUCAACCGGUGAAUUUUCCGCAUGAGGCGUAUUUGAUGCAGCAGUAUGCCACGAUGGAGAGUCCUUCGAAGAGCAUCAAAGCCAAGAAGGAGAAGAGUAAGAUGAGUAAGAAGAUGGCGCAGAGUAUGAACGGUUUGGAUGAUCCUAAUCUGGAUGGUGAGAGUCCUUAUAAUACUGGGAUUUAUCGCAAGAAGGGACAUUUGAAUGAAAGGGCGUUUUCGUAUUCGAUUAGGCAGGAACAUCGGAGUAGGAGUUAUGGAAGUCUUGCUAAUUUGAAGUUUGCUACGCCUAUACCCAAUGGACAUGAUAUGGAAGACCGUGAAGAUAUCAAGAAGGAACGUGAAAUAAUGCAGAUGGUACAGGAUCUAGACUUGUCCGGUGAUGAAAUUGAACGUUCUGAAGUGCCACGUGGUAUUUACGAAGCCAGAGGAAUCCCGCCGCCCCCAAUGGCUCAACCUGUCAUGGUCCAUAGCCAGCAGAUGAAUGGCGGACGUGGUUACAAAAGAUAACUGCAAAUAUUGUGCGAAAAUGAAAGAAAUCAUAUUUUACACUAAUAUUAUAUUAGACAUAUUCUACAAACAAAUAAUUAUAAGUCAAGAAGCAGAACCAUAUUAUGUUUAAUGCUAGUGGAUAAUAAGCGACAAUAUUCAAUUCUAAUGUUUAUAAUGUUUAAUUGUAGGUUAUGUAAAUAAUAUAGAUGUUUGUAUCCAUUUUGAACAGAAAUACUCGAAGCACUUUUUCAGCAAUUUUAUAUGAUUUGUUAUAGAUAUUUAUUAUAAAUAGUUAAACUGAUGACGUAACAUUUUGAAUCAUUUUGACAGCACAUUGUUUGUUAUUAAUUCUUUACUUGUACAUUAAUGCAGCAGUCAUUGCUUAUAUUAGAUUAUUGCGCAGAUAUUAUUAUGAUGACAUUCCAUAUUUGAAUAUUAACAAUAAGUGUGUAUCUGUAUAAUUUUUGAGGAUGAUGGAGAUGAUGAGGAAUAUUAUUGUUAAGUGCCAUUUGAAGAUCCAAAUGAUCCCAUGAACAAACGCAAACUUAUGUACGUUGUAUUGUAUUGUAGGUAGAUAGAUAGUUAAACAUUUAUGUAAACUGGAUGUACACAUUACAUUGUAAACCUAUAUUUUUAUCAAAUAUAAUCUUGGACGUA